GCGUGUCAUCGUCGUGUCAACGAUUCAGCACACCCAUAUUGGACUUGUAUAUUUUCCUGAGGUGUGUGGUGCGGCGUGGUAGUCGAUCAGAUUGCCAGUAUGACCGACCCUACGGGCGCCAGUGCUCGCUACUUAAGACCUUCGGACUGCUCAACUGCCCUCUCGGAUACCCCUUCCCUACCUUAUCCACAUCCACAUUGCCUACCUUGACACUCUGAGUAUCUUUGCAUAGCUGUCAGUCUUACCGUCGCACUCCAUGUUCUGGUCGGCACUCCUCUUUGUGGCCCUGGCCGACGCCCAGGGAUUCAUGAAUGGGCUGAACCACCUUCGAUUUGGAUGCUCCCAGAUCACGAUUGAGCGCCUCGACCCUCUCGUCGAGCCGGGCAGGAUGCCAACCUCCCACAUGCACCAGGUUGUCGGAGGCAAUGCCUUCAACGUCACCAUGCCGACAACAGACAUCGCGCAGGUGGCGACAUGCACCACUUGUGGUCCGGCCGAUGACUUCAGCAACUACUGGACAGCCAAUCUCUACUUCAGAGCCCCGAACGGAAGCCACAAGCGCGUGCCGCAGAUCCCUAACCGCUUCCUGUUCAACGACAGGUUUACCACGCAGACAAAUGGCGGAGUCACCGUCUACUACAUAUCCCCCGGCAAGUGGAAGGUGACUGCCUUCAAACCUGGCUUCCGCAUGUUCGUGGGUGAUGUCGCACGCCGCACGCCGCUGUACAAAUCGCAAAGCUGUUUCCGCUGCUUCAGCGGCCCCAACUUUGGCGGAGACGACCUUGCUCCCUGCACCGACAGCCGGCGAGACUUCGAGGGGUUCCCUCCCCAGCCGUGCCCAGGAGGCAUCCGUUCAAAUAUCCUUUACCCAACCUGCUGGGACGGCAAGAACCUCGACAGCCCCAACCACAAGGACCAUGUGGCCUACCCGGUCAGCGGGCCAUCGACAUUCCUCUCAACCGGGGACUGUCCGGCCUCCCACCCGGUCAAAAUCCCGCAACUCAUGCUCGAAAUUGUGUGGGACACGACGGCGUUCAACGAUAGGGCCCUCUGGCCGGCCACGGGCCAGCCGUUUGUCCUCAGCACCGGCGACACAACCGGCUUCGGUCAGCAUGGCGACUACAUCUUUGGCUGGAAGGGCGACGCCCUCCAGCGGGCCAUGGACGUGCCCAACGGCUGCUUUGCCGCCGACUGUGGUAACCAGAAGACGCAGAAUAUCGAGAGUGCCAACAGGUGUCAGAUCGCCAAGAAGGUGAAGGAGGAAGUUGAUGGAUGGUUUGAUAUGCUCCCUGGAAUGGCGAUGGAGUAGUAAGUGCCUGUUUUUGAGCGUAACGAGGAGUUAGCGGAUUUAUGAGGGAUACACAAACAUGGGCUUUUACCAAGCGCAGCAGAGACGAUCAGCACGAGUAACUAUGCAAGAAUUGUGUUUUUGAAGCCGAGGAAAGUGAUGGCCUUCCUGUUCAUGGCCAUGUUUGGAAUCCCGGUAGCUGUG